CAUCCAAAAACGAAACAGUUCUUUUUAAACCUCAGAACAAAGCGGUCGUGGACUAAGAUCGAAAGAAUUUCGUUUAAAACAUGGUAUUAGUACGGAGAAUAUUAUACAAUAUAUUGCCGUUGUUCCUUGCCCGCCCGGCAGCUGUCCGGCUACCAGCGGCAAGUGAAUGGACCUAUGAAGGAGUACUAACAUGGGGCAGCAAGUUUCCAAAAUGUAAUGGAGCACGACAAUCACCAAUACAUCUUCAAACUUCUAAGUCAUAUUUCCCACCACUAGCACCCAUAACAUUCACCAACUAUAAUGUUCCACUGGCUGGCAAUUUGGUCGUGAAAAAUAAUGGUCAUUCAAUUGAAAUGGAAAUCCCGCCAACCACAAAUGGUGCCCGACCCCGUAUCAGCGGUGCCAAGUUGCCGGGAAUUUUUGAAGCCAUGGGUUGUCAUUUUCAUUGGGGUAGUCGAACUAGUAGGGGUGCCGAGCAUGUCAUCAAUGGCCAACGCUACGAUGCUGAGCUGCAUAUUGUCCACAAAAAUGUCAGAUACGCCACAAUUGCCGAGGCUGCAGCCAAUCCAGAUGGUCUGGCGGUACUGGGUAUUAUGAUUAAUAUUGGAAGGAAUGUCAAUCGCAUUUAUCCCGGUCUAAAUGAUAUCUUCAAUCGUCUACCCAAUUUGAUCAAUUACCAAUCCAGUGUACCCUUGGGCCGUCAAAUAACGCUGAGUCAAUUGCUGGGAGAUGUGAACACAAAUCAAUUUUACACCUAUGAAGGUUCUCUUACUACGCCCGAUUGUUCGGAGGCCGUCUGCUGGAAUGUCUUCCCUCAACCACUUUACAUCCCCCUCGCCCAAAUGCAAAAAUUCUGGGCGAUUCGUGAUAACAAGGGAGCACCGAUGAUAAAUAAUUUCAGACCUGUGCAAGCGUAUAAUAAUCGCGUUAUAUUUGCUCGUGGUUGAUAUUUUAUUUCAUUUUUUUGUUAUUCUAAGUAAUAAAUGUGAUCGAAACAUAUCUAAAUUUA